UUUAUAAUCCAUCAAGUUGCGUGGUAGGUCAGCACUCUCCCCGACCUGGUCAAGAUGUUCUGGGUAGAACCCUACAAGGGCAGUAGCCGUAAGCUCGCCAUCGCCAUCGACAUCGGAACUACCUAUAGUGGUGUUGCGUAUUGCGUCCUGGAUCCUGGUGAGGUACCAAAGGUACACAGUGUUACUCGAUUUCCCGGACAAGAAGGCGAGAAUAAAUCGAGAGAUGUCAAGAUACCAUCUGUCCUUUACUAUGACCAACACAACAAACUCCGCGCCGUAGGAGCAGAGGCCACGCUACAGAGCACCGAGGACGAGGCGUACACGCAAGAAUGGAAGUAUGUUAAAUGGUUCAAGCUCCAUCUCCGUCCUCCCUCGAUCCUCCCGGGCGCAGCAUUACCUCCUAUCGGCGUGAACAAGCCUGCCGUCGAUAUCUUGGCUGAUUAUUUGGCCUACAUACUCAAAUGCGCGAAAGACUUCAUUUCAGAGACCAACCCAAUCGGUAGACAGAUACUGAACUCCGACGCUCCUAUCGACUUCGUUCUCAGCCAUCCGAAUGGAUGGUCGGGCCCUCAACAACAGAACAUGAGGCGCGCAGCAGUCCUGGCCAAGCUGAUACCAGACAACUCCCCUGAAAGCGCGACAAGACUUCAAUUUGUCACAGAGGGAGAAGCGAGCCUUCAAUUCUGUAUGGCGACCGGUCUUGUGGAUGAUAUCAUGCAGAAGGAUCGUUGUGUGACAGUAGUCGAUUGCGGCGGUGGGACCGUAGACCUCAGUACAUAUCGCGUGGUCGAUAGCCAACCUGUUUCUGUGGAGGAGAGCGUUGUUCCUCAAUGCCUCAUGCAAGGCUCGACGAUGGUCGAUCGUCGAGCUGAAGAACUGCUGAGAAAUAAGCUUAGAAAAUCUCGCUUCUCGACUCCUGGCGAUCUCAAUGCCAUGAUGCAGUAUUUUGAAAGCACAACCAAGCCGAUUUUCAGAGAUCCGGCUGCCGGGUCGCACAUCAGGUUCGGAGGGCAGAGCGAUACAGACCCGAAAGUCAAGAUUCGACGUGGCAUCCUAACCCUUUCAGGGUCAGAGAUGGCAUCGCUCUUUAGGCCGUCCAUCGACGCGAUCAAGUCCGCAAUCGACAAUCAAGUAUCCGGAGUAGACUCUGAUCUCACGAUAUUGCUGGUUGGCGGUUUCUCCACGAGUCCAUUCCUACGCACCGAGUUGCAGGCGCACAUGAAUGGGAGGGGCUUGCGGAUGUUUUCACCGGAAGGCCAAACCUCCAAGGCGGUGGCUGAAGGUGCACUCUGGUACUACCUGGACCAUCGCGUUCGUGCAAGAGUAGCCAGGCACACAUACGGAACAGACUAUGCAUCUCCUUUUCAGCCUUCAGAACCCUCACACCUCAAACGCAAGCAUCUAGCAUGCAUGAGCUUGCACGGAUGGCCAGUCAUCCCAUCUGCGUUUGCCACUCUGGUGCAGAAGGGAACCUUAGUCACCGAAGAGAGAGAAUUCAGCUACACCUUUAUCGCAUCCCGGCGGGCAGGGCUGAUCAGCAGCUCUACCAUCCCAAGCGACGUGAUCGCCUACCGAGGCAAUAGCUCAAAUCCACAGUGGAUAGACGAGGAACCAGAGAUGUUCUCGACUCUGUGCACGAUCAGGGCUGACACCGCUGUCAGCUCGUGGAAGAAAGAAAGCAGCUUCCUCGGGCCAUUUUUGUGCCAGAAAUUUGAUGUGAUCCUGCUCCUCGGUUUGACGGAGAUGAAGGCUCAGAUCUCAUGGUUGGAAAAUGGAGAGCAACGAAGGAGCCCUGCGACUAUAGUCUACGACAAUGAACAGUAGCCGGUCAAUCUCUCGAAUGGUGUCGAUGUGUCCUGCCGACUCGGAUAUACUGCUACCAUGUUUGUACUAAGUACACAACACGUCUCGGCUUCACGUUCAUCUCCUAGUACUUAGCGCUUCCAUACACGUCUCCGCCUCUCAUUAUUCAUUCGCUGACAAGAGAGGAUUAUUGUCCCUUACAAACGCAAACUGGGUGUAUCGUAGUGAUGGUCUUAGAGUACGAGGAACUAUGUGGCGAGUGUGUCGCGCGUGUAUUACUAGGUUCAUAGUUUGAUAUUCAGGACCUAAGGACUAAUCAGAUAUACUGUGCUGUCGGCAUGAAGUAAGGGUUCCCUACUUUCUACUAGGCUGACAUGUCU